UAUUACUACUACUACUACUACUAAGCAAACUCACCUUAGUUACAAUUCAUACCUUCAAUGGCAUUGCCUAAAGCUAUCUUUCUCCUCUUCAUCUCCUUCUCUUCUUUCUCCGGCACGGUGUUCAGCCAAUCCUACGGUUGGGAAGGCGGCCACGCGACGUUUUAUGGAGGCGGAGAUGCCUCCGGCACAAUGGGAGGUGCUUGUGGAUAUGGUAAUUUAUAUAGUCAAGGAUACGGAACAAACACGGCAGCAUUAAGCACCGCAUUGUUCAAUAACGGGUUGAGUUGCGGGUCAUGUUACGAAAUGCGAUGUGCCGCUGAUCCCCGGUGGUGUUUGCCGGGCACAAUCAUCGUCACCGCUACCAACUUCUGCCCGCCAAAUUUCGCACUUUCUAAUGAUAACGGCGGAUGGUGCAAUCCGCCUCUACAGCAUUUCGAUCUCGCAGAACCUGCUUUCCUUCAAAUUGCUCAAUACAGAGCUGGUAUUGUCCCCGUCUCCUUCCGAAGGGUGGCUUGUGUUAAGAAAGGAGGAAUAAGGUUCACAAUCAACGGGCACUCUUACUUCAACCUUGUGCUUAUCACCAACGUUGGUGGGGCUGGUGAUGUGCACUCUGUCUCUAUCAAAGGGUCCCGGACAGGGUGGCAACCCAUGUCAAGAAACUGGGGUCAAAAUUGGCAAAGUAACUCCUACCUCAACAGUCAAUCCCUCUCUUUCCAAGUCACUGCCAGUGAUGGCCGGACGUCCACUUCUUACAACGUUGCUCCGGCCGGUUGGCAAUUCGGUCAAACCUUUGAAGGUGGCCAAUUCUAGUUCUUAUAUAUAUAUAUAUAUAUAAACAUAUAUGUAUUUAUUGAGUGGCAACGCUGAGGUAGGCUUUUAAGUAGCACCCGCUAAAGCCUUGUUGUUAUUAGAGUAGGUAAAAAGAGUGUGUUGUUUUUUCUAAAGUAUGUAUUUGGAUGAAAGGGUGCAAGUGAGUUCUACUUGAUUUUGAUGUAAA